AUGUGUGCUGGGACAACUCUAAGGGAGGUCCUGACCACCUGGGCGAAGCUGGAGGGUUGGAACGGCGCAAUUGUGGAGUACUGCAGGUCCAAGACCUUCACGAACGCCGGUCGAAUCUGCCUCAAUUCCCAGAACGAUCUAAUGAACCCGAUUAGAGAGAAGUGGCUCGUGGCGGGAUCCAAGCUCUUGGCGGGGCAUUUCCUUUGGGAUUUCCGGCAUUACGUGACCCCACCCUACCUGAUGGUGACCACGCUGCGGAACCCCCUGGAGCUGUUCGUGUCGUCCCAGCAGUUCAUGCACAAGGCGGAGACGAAGACGCUGGAUGACUCCGUCGCCUUCGUGGGUCAAAGCAUGAGGAGCCGUCUCAAGUGGGCCGACCCAACGGAUCUCGCUUUCAUCCGAAGAUUUUUGGACUCGAAAACGGCCAACAGCUACGACCCGCAAGUUAUGUACAGCGACGAAGAGAUGUCGGCAAUGGUCCAGACGGCAGUGGACCACCUCAACACGUUUUACGUCGUGGGCGUUGUGGAGCAGUACCAGGGAUUCAUCGAGGUGUUAAAGCGCACCUUGGACCCUGACGAGUCUCACCCCAAGCUGUGGGCGGCCGCUGUUGGAGUCAAGGACAACGGAUCGCCGGUUCACUCCGGAGACGUAUUGAGCGGCAUCGACCCGGAUCUGGUGAGAGAGUUCAACGCGACUACGCUGGGGCGGCAGUGGCAGGUUUACGACGUCGCUCUCAAGCUGUGGGACAGGCGGUGUCGGGAGAUACUUCCCGCGGAAGAACACGAGGCCCUGUGCUCGGUGCCAUACCACCGAUGA